AUGAGAGGAGAUCAAGAAAAAGCCAUGUAUGAAAGUGUUAAAACUAUCAUCUUUUUUGGAGUUUUCAUUGCAAACUUGCUUCAAUUUGCAACAUCUUCCGUCAUUUCAACUGGGGACUUCAACAAGGAUUUCUUCAUCACUUGGUCUCCUUCCCACGUUAACACUUCGGCGGAUGGCCGAGCAAGAACCUUGAAGCUCGAUAAGGAUUCAGGAGCUGCUUUUUCUUCAAAUGAGAUGUUCUUAUUUGGUCAAAUGGACAUGAAAAUCAAGCUAGUUCCAGGCCAUUCUGCAGGCACAGUUGUGGCCUAUUAUCUAACGUCGGAUCAACCGAACCGCGACGAAAUCGACUUCGAGUUCCUCGGGAAUGUGGACGGGGAGCCAUAUAUUCUUCAAACAAAUGUUUUUGCUGAUGGUUUUGAUGACAGGGAAGAAAGGAUAAAGUUGUGGUUUGAUCCAACAAAAGACUUCCAUACAUAUUCAAUUUUGUGGAACCGUUAUCAGAUUGUGUUCAUGGUGGAUUGGGUGCCAAUCAGAGUGUACAGAAACCAUGCAGACAAAGGGGUGGGAUAUCCUAGGUGGCAGCCAAUGAGCUUGAAAGUGAGCCUAUGGGAUGGUGACAGCUGGGCAACAAGGGGUGGAAAAGACAAAAUUGAUUGGUCAAAAGGGCCAUUUGUAGCUUCUUUUGGGGAUUAUAAGGUGGAUGCCUGUGUUUGGAGGGGAAAUGCAAGGUUAUGCAGAGGAGAUGAUCAUAGUUAUUGGUGGAAUUUGCCCAAAUACAACACCCUUUCACCUCCACAAAGAAGGCUCUUCAAAUGGGUCAGAAACUACCAUUUGAUUUAUGAUUAUUGCCAAGACAACUUGAGGUUCCAAAACCACCUCCCAAAGGAAUGUUCUCUUCCCAAGUACUAAAUCCAACCGAACCAAACCGUACCAUUUUUGUUUUCGGAUAAAUUUUGGAUGUUUGAUCGUAGGUAGGUAUCCACUGUUAAAAAAAUUGACAAAAAGGAAGAAAACAUAAUACAUGUAGCUGUCGAUUUUUAAUAGUGGUAAAUAGAAAGAUACCUACCUACUGAUAAGCAUCUAAGUUUUAUUUCACUUGAUUACUUUGAGUUCCUUUUGUUAUACAUUUUCUUGUAUUCUUUGAUUUC